AUGGCCAAUCCACCGGUUGCGGAAAAAUGGAUUCGUGACCAAUUGAGCCGUGUCCAACUGGGUGCCACCCCAAAGUUCCCCCCGCCAAACCAACGGAACGUGAGUGAUGGCACGCAGAAGAUGGCCAAUCCACCGGUUGCGGAAAAAUGGUCCGAGGUGGGGAGAAAGGUCAGGCACGUGCAGAAAAAGGCCGAGGUGGUCAAGAGAAACAACGCAAAGGAAGGAAGCAAGGGUACACCGAAGAGUCAAACCCUUACCAACAAAAAUGUACAAAAAGGCAGGAGACCACCACGAACAGCCGCGGUGCAGAUUAGCUGUAAAGGAGAGGCGUCGAAAGUGCUGAAAAUGGCAAAAGAGCGCAUCAAUAUCGACGAGUUGGGCAUUAAGGAGAUAAGACCCACAAGAGCUCGCAAGACGUACUCAUAUCCAGACCGGAGAAAAUGGCAGAUACGAAUAAAAGAUCUAGAGGACUCCACCACAAAGGAAGAGAUCAUUAAAUGGUUCGCGGAAACUGGUAGCUGUGACAUCACGGACAUUAAAACUGGGGAGUUUACUAAAGCCCCGAAUGGUCUGGGUACGAUAUGGGUAAGAUGCCCCUUACUCACGGCCAAUAGGACGACGAAGAAGCCUAGAGUUAGGCUAGGCUGGAUGACCGUGAGUAUAGAGCUCCUAAAGGAAAGGAAACAGCAGUGCUUCCGCUGCCUGGAAACAGGGCAUAUCAAAGCGGAAUGCACAAGUAAGGAGGACCACAGUAACAAGUGUUACAGUUGUGGAAUAAUAGGCCAUAUAGCACGGUGGUGCAAACAGGAUGUACAUUGA